AUGACAACUGGUCUAUCGAACGUCUUAAAAAACGCUGCGCAGGAGUUACCACCGAUCGACAGCAGCGACUUUGGUGCAAAAUUCGAUACGUUUGGGAAUUCUCGGUUGGUACUCAUUGGUGACGGAAGCCAUGGCACAUCCGAGUUCUACCGAGCCCGCGCCGCCAUCACAAAACGCUUAAUCGAGGAACAUGGCUUCACCCACGUCGCAGUCGAAUGCGAUUGGCCGGAUGCCCGGUCUAUCGACCACUACGUCCGGCAACACCCCCGCCGAUCUCAGGAUGUUCCUAUCCGAGUGUUCGAUCACUUCCCUCGCUGGAUGUGGCGAAACGCCGAAGUCCAAGAAUUCGUAGACUGGCUACGAGAGCACAACGCGCAACUACCCAUGAACCAGCGGACCUCCUUCAAUGGUCUCGACCUAUACAGCAUGAGUGCUUCAACCCAUGCAGUAGUCGAAUACCUGGAUCGAGUCGACCCAACCCUAUCCAGCGCCGCACGAAAACGGUACGGCUGUCUCGAACCCUGGCUCAACGACCCGCACGAAUACGGGCGUAAAUCCUUCUACGAAGACUCCGCGAAAUGCGAACCCGGCGUGAUCAAAAUGCUUCAACAACUGCUCUCCAGACGCGUGGAACUAACCUCCCACGCGGAGAACGGGGAAUCCUUCCUCGACGCCGAGAUGAACGCCCGCGUGGUACGAGACUCGGAGAAGUAUUACCGCGCCAUGUUCCACGGCGAUAAGACGUCGUGGAAUAUUAGGGAUACGCAUAUGUUUAACACUUUAUCGCGUCUUUUGAAGUUAAAACCUGGGUCUAAGGCGGUAGUCUGGGCGCAUAAUUCGCACCUCGGGGAUGCGAGAGGUUCUAGUAUGGGUGCGAAGCGCGGCGAGCUUAAUCUUGGACAAUUGUGCCGGGAGAAUUUCCCCGGCGAAGUAUCCGUUGUUGGAUGUGGCACGCACGCCGGUACCGUUGCUGCUGCUGAUGAAUGGGAUGAGCCGAUGCAAGUUAUGGAUAUCGUACCCUCACGACCGGAUAGCUAUGAACGGGCGAUGCAUGACGUCGGCAUACCAUCAUUUGUCGUGGAUCUACGCGGUUUGCGGACGGAAGCUAUGCUCCAGCGGUUCAUCGGCGUAAUCUACCGACCUGCCACGGAGCGGUGGAGCCAUUACAUCAAGACCAUCCUGAGCGACCAGUAUGAUGCAUUCGUAUGGUUCGAUCAAACCAAAGCAGUUGAGGCGUUCGAGACCGCGCAACCAAAAGAAGCUCUCUCAAAGGGAGAAACCUAUCCAUUCGGAGUCUAA